CGCGACAGCAAUGCGAUUCGAAAUGAUCGAAUUAAUCAACAAACGACCUUAUUAUGUCUGCACCAAAGCUAUGGUAUACACUUGUUUGUUGCCGAAAAAGAAUUGCCCUAUGUCGAUAUUUUACCUCUAUUCGACUGUUUACAGGUUGAUUUUGACGAUUCCUUAUGCUUUAAUCAUACUAAACACAUUUUUGAAAAUUAAAAAUUAUCAAAAAGCGACUGGCGUUAAUUUCAGCGAAGAACUAGCGAUGUGUUGCAGCUACGGCGGAAUGUACCUUACCAUAAUAAUAUUCCAAGUGAAACAUAAAGAUUGGCUGCGAUUUAUAGACAAAGUCGUCGAUCAUUCGGAAUUCGGAAUACCGCCUACUUUCGAUGAAGCUCAGAGAAACUCAAACAUUGUUACAGCUAUGAUGUUUCUUUACGCGGCAAUCGGUGUGACAUUUUACGCGUUAGUACCGUUGUUCGGAAUAGAAGAAUGCAGGCGGAUGAAUCAAGAGAAACAUUUAAAAGAAUCAUGCUCAGGUUUGCCCGUGUGGUUGCCUUUCGAAACGACAAACAACAAGCAAUUGUUUAUUCUUACCUUCUAUGAGUUAGCCAGCUCUAUGAGCAUCUGCGUUCCCGCAUCGUCAGUGGCGUUCAUGGCUUACAAUUCUUCGAAAAUCCUCAUAUCCAAGAUCGAUCAAUUCAAAGCAUUGCUCCUAGAGGCCUUAAAGGAGAAGGACGGGAGAGUGCUUCGGGAUAAACUGAGAUAUUGCGUAAAGUAUCACAAUCACAUACUAAGUUUGGGGGACGAAUUGAAACGGUUGGUGCGAGUCACCGUUGGUUCGUACGGGAUAAUGGCAGCCCUUUCCAUCGGUGGAAUUGGCAAUCAAAUUAUACAAGAACAAUCUGCACGUAGUAUAGUGCAUUUCUUCGGUUUUGCUGUAGCGGCUUUCACUAUUUGUCAUGCGGGUCAAAUCAUAGCAACUGAGUCAGUCUCCAUUAAAGAAGUAAUUUAUGCAACCGACUGGUAUUUGUGUGAUGCAAAGACUAUGAAAGACAUUAGAUUCAUGCUGGCAAGAAGUCAAAUUCCAAUCACUCUAGAAAUGUUGCCGCUUGGAUGGCUCAAUUAUGAAUUUUUCACAAUGAUUAUGAAAACUUCUUAUUCAUACAUAACUCUAUUAAGUAAAGCUACUUAAACGCUUAACAGCACUACAAAAUGCAUCGAUUACAGAGUACUUCAC